AAAUCUCUCCUACAGCACCUCUCUUUUUCUCUGCCCACUUCAGACAGAGGGAGACUCAUCCAUACAAAGAAGUCAAGGAGAGAAAAGAUCAGCUUCCUCAGAUUAUUGAGAAUUUACAUGGAUGAGAUAUGGAAGUUAUCAAAGAAGGAAGGUUCAAUUAGCCAUUCCUCAAUUCCUUCCAAGUCUGUAUUCUCAAGGAGUUCUUCAACAAAGAUCUCUUCUUGUAAUUCUCCAUUCACAAGGAGUUCUUCAACAAAGAGCUCUUCUUCAAAGUCCCCUCUCCUGAGGAGUUUUUCCCUGAAAAGUUCCUCUCCAAAGUGCACUCUUCCCCGGAGCUUCUCGCAAAAGAGCUCUUCCAUCAGCCGCAAAUGUAGUAGCUUAGCAAAGGAACAAAAGGCCAGGUUUUACAUCAUGAGGCGCUGCGUCGCCAUGCUUGUUUGUUGGAACAAGCAUGGCGAUUCUUGAUUGGAAGACAAGAAAAAGUAUAUGUCAUAGAUUUGAGUGCUCGCUGUUGCUUGCUCUUUUUCCUUCAUUUAUGCGAGAUGGGCAUUUGGGUUUUGUUCGAAAACUCAUAGAAAUUUUCUUGCCAUCUGAUCUAGAAAAGAUUAGUGUCAUAUUUCUUGAUUUUUCAUGUGCUUUACAUCCGAUCAAUUUAAUUGUAAUUACAGUCGAAUUAAUGAGCUAAAAGUGUUACACAUUGUAAGAAGAGAUCAUAUCAAAUGGAUUUCAUUAAUAACUUAAAGGUCCUUGAUUUGUAGUUUGUGGUUUCUGAUUGAUGGACUUCACUUA